AUGUCUGAUUUUGAUCCCAAGACGACAGAAGUCGUCAAUGAAUUUCCUCCCGUUGGUGCAAAUGGCGAGGCUCUUUUGCUGGAGCGUGACUGGACACUAGAGGAAGAAGUCAAAGCGAAAAGGAAGAUGGACUUCAUCAUCAUGCCACUCCUCACGCUGGGCUUCUUUUGCCUUCAACUUGACCGCGGGAACAUGGCCAAUGCCAUCACAGACGACUUCAUGGAGGACGUGGGCAUCACCCAAAACCAAUUCAACGUGGGCCAACAGAUGCUGUCCCUGGGCAUCGUGCUAUUCGAGAUUCCCUCCAACAUGAUUCUGUACCGGGUCGGUCCUGGCAAGUGGUUGACACUUCAACUGUUUCUAUUCGGCACCGUUAGCACGUUUCAGGCCUUCCAGAAAUCCUACGGCUCUUUCAUCGCCACGCGUUUUCUCCUGGGAAUAACAGAGUCGGGAUUCAUCCCCGGUGGUCUGUGGACCCUCUCAACUUGGUACACCCGGAAAGAAACUGCGAAGCGUGUUAUGAUAUUCUACUUUGGCAACCAAUUCGGUCAAGCAUCCGCAAAGCUCCUGGCAUAUGGCAUUCUUCACAUGCGCGGCGUUGGCGGUAAAUCAGGCUGGUUCUGGUUGUUCGUCCUGAUGGGCAGCUUUACCGUUCUCAGCGGUCUCAUUCUGGGAUUUUUCCUGCCAGACUCUUUCAAGAACCCUCGCAGCACAUUCCUGCCCAACGUCAAGAUCUUCACAGACCGAGAGAUCCAUAUUCUCAACACUCGAGUCAUGAUUGACGACCCGAUGAAGGGGAAGAAGAAGAAGCGCAUCGGUCGACUCGCGUUCAAGAAGGCUUUCUCACAUUGGAGAAUGUGGGUGCAUGUUAUCAUCACCCUGGCAAACAAUGGGCCGCAACGCGCCUUUGACACCUACGCCCCGACGAUUGUCAGAAGUUUCGGCUUCGCUGCGCUGUCGUCCAAUGCUCUUGCCUCUGUUGGUCUGUUUUUGCAGAUUCCGGUGUCGUUUUCAUUCAGUUAUGUGUCGGAUCAUUUCUCGAGGCGCGGUGAGACAGUCAUUGCUGGCCUUAGCAUGCAUCUCCUUGGGUACAUAUUCAACCGCAUCUUCACUGAAAUCGACAAUCGAGGGGUCAGGUACUUUGGUGUCGUCUGGACACAGACCUUUGGCACUUUUUCACACCCUCUGAACAUUACCUGGAUGUCGCUCACUUGCGAAGACUCGGAGGAGAGAGCCCUUGCGAUGGCCAUGGUCAUCAUGGGCGCGAAUAUCGCCGGCAUCUAUGGAGCUCAAAUCUUCCGGCAGGACGACCGUCCGCGAUAUCGCCGCGCUUUCAGUGUCAACUGUGCGGUACUGGCCGUUGGCCUGGGGCUUGCAAUUGGUCGACACAUCGACGAUUUGAUUCGUCGUCGUCGCGGCCUUCGUCGGUUCUCCGCUGUCCGCGAUAGUAACAGACAUCAGUCGGUCGAGAUCUUCGACAACGAGAAGAAUGCCGUUGCACCUCCACCCAGCGAGGAUCAGCCAGGACCAAUCCUCCUCGAGGGAGGUAAGAGGCCAGUCGUCUCCAACGGGCUGAGCGGCACCACCUGA